AUGGCAAUUGAUGCAAUGGAUAUUGACUCGAAUCCAACACCCAAUACCAUGCGAGAGCCGGAAAAGGAACGCAAGCGUAAACACAAACACAAAGAUAGUUCCUCAUCACCAUCGAAGAAGCGCAAGCAUGAGUCCAAUCUUAUUGUGGACGAAACCAGUACAAGUGAUAAGAAAAGCAAGAAGUCCAAGAGCAAACUGAAAACCAAACGAAGUGCAUUGGACGCCGUUGCAUCUUCGACUCCUGACUCACCUUAUACCCUGACGACAGCGACGCUGUAUCUUCCACUGUCGCCUAUUUCCAUCUCCCCGACCCAUGCGCUGGCGUCUCUUCUAGCGGAGCAUCUCUCGCCCCUUAUCCUCACCUACUACCCUCCUCUGCAAGGAGUUGUCUUGGCCUACUCCAAUGCGUCAAUAUCUAGCACUCCACCCUCCGCGUCAUCCGUCUCCGUUCCCAACGACCCCAAUCCCCAGCCUCUUACCCUCGCAAGGACUGCAGGCGAAUAUGGUGUCCUGUAUGUUUACCUCACCGCCACAUUUCUGGUCUUCCGCCCCCAGCGCGGGCAGAUCCUCGAAGGAUGGGUGAACGUGCAAUCCGAAGGGUUCCUGGGCGCUGUCGUACUUAACCUUUUCUCCGUCGGCAUUGAACGCAAACGACUCCCAUCGGAUUGGAAAUGGGUCCCUCCAGGUGAAGAAGAUGAUAGCGACGGAAGCAAGCAGAAGGUAUCGGAGGACGACGAUUCCGAACCAACUACUGCUUUCGAUCCCGAGAAGGAGCACUUCAAACCCGUCUCGUUGGCUUCCGAUGCCAAUCCCCUCUCGGAUACUCUCAACGCAGACCCCAGCUCCGCCGAAGAUGACGAAUCCACCUCAGAAGGAUACUUUCGAUCUGCAUCCGGCCACCGGGUGCGCGGCACUGUGCGGUUCCGGGUCAUCGACAUCGACCUGAUCCCGGGCUCCGAACGGGAUCGCGGCUUCAUGAGCAUCGAGGGCACGAUGCUGUCACCCAAGGAGGAAGCCAAGGUCAUUGAAGAUGAACGCAGCGGGGUUCUGACCACGUUCACGACCCCGCGACGAGCCUCCAGCAAGCCUCAGUGGGAAUCCAAGAGUUCUAUGUCCGGCGCACUGGCAGAACCGGAACCAGAACAGGAGACACCAGUCAAAGUAAAGGAGAAGAAGGCCAAAUCCUCCAAAUCGAAGAAGAAGGACAAGGAAAAGAAGUAA